AUAAUGACAGAUCGUCAAGGUAAGAUGUGUUGUUAAUUUUUUUCUGCACCCACCUAACCGGCAGCUAGCUAUGUAUAUUUUGUUAAAAUAAACACUGCCACUCAAACGUAAUUUUGUUGUUUCGGUGCGUAUUAAAACAGCACUUAAAUAUCAUGAAAAGUAUAAAAAUUGAAGACUGGCAAGCUUUUUGUUAUGUUUAAAUUAAUAAUAGAGGAUAUUAGGCGGUGAUUUUUUCUUCGAGUGGUGAGUAAAAAUGUUACGCAUGAGCGCAGAAAAUGAGAAAAAUAUAGUUCUCACCACGACUAGUGCGUCCACGUUUUUUGUGCGCAUGCUCAGCAAGUUACCAGAUGCAUUCAAUGCAAACCCAUUGGAUAAAACUGCUCGCGUAACUUGCCGAGCACCUGCAGUUUAUCAAUUUUUUAUCGUCGGCUUUAAAGAAAGCUGGGUACAGAAUAACAUAAUUUUCGGCAGUGUUUACAACGUGUAGUUCCAACUCUGUAUCUAGAUUUACUCUGUAAUAAUACAUAUAGCAUAUUACACUGUCGCGUGAAGAUAUAUAUGUUAUUUACCGGCUGCGAGGUUCGGAUAGAAAAAUAUUUUUCAGGGAAAUAGGGAAAUAUUUUUCUAUCCGGAAGAACCAAAACGGUAAAUAACGUAUUUAUUUUUUUACAAAAAGCGGCGUUCGGUCGUAUCGUAGUCAGACUCAUAAAAUAUAGGAUUCCGGACAGUGGUCAGAUAUCGUAAAAUUCCACCCCCUGCUACAGCCAAUCAGCUUGCAGGAAAGAUUGCAGGGAAGAUUGCUCAUUACCAUAGCCUGCGUCUUACCGGCGUUCACCGUUAGAUAGUAUCAUAGUUGUCAGAAAACUAACGAUCAAGAAUAUUCACGUCCGUGUUGAUGCGAACUAACAAGCAAACUCACAGGCAGAAUAUAAUGCGGUCCCGAAUUUGGCGUGGGCACCGCAAUUCCACUGUAAUCACCGAAUUAUACAGUAUAGAAAUUUAAAAAAUUGAUAGAUAUAAAUGUAUGAUUACCUACUACAAAUGUGCAAAAAUCGCUAACAAAAGCUAAAACUCGGCAAAUUUCAAGAUCCGACUUCAAGUUCAUAUACGACUUCAAAUUCGAUCGGUCUUCGAAAAUAAAUGUUUAUUUAGUCAUUUGAGUUUACAAAUAGCUUACGUGCAUGUUGAUUUUUAUAGAGUAUUUUACAAAUAUCUGCUGCAAGUACUUUGUGAAAACAGGGGGAAGCAUGAAUCACUACACUUGCUUGGAAUAGAAUCACGGGCAAAUUCCAUAAACCAGAAUUUUCAAUUUCUAGGAAAUAAAUAUUACUUAUUGGUUAUUAAUAAUUCGGUUCUUUUAAUGACUGUUUUCUAGGCAAUUUUUUUUAACCAACCGGCAGCUUGGUAACAACACAACGAUAGUAAACUGCCUCACUGCAAAAUUCCCACCGCUGUGGAUUGCCCAGUCAAAGGACAUGUUUCUGCCGCAGUUUGUAUACAGUCUAUGCAAGGAGUACAUGAAAACUCCAAGUGAGGAAAUAAAAAGUUUCAAACCUGUAGAGAUUGUUGGAAAACAAAAAACUGAUGAUGUAUGGGUUUUUAAUCCACAUGUGCAUGUCGACAAGAAUGGAAGGCUUAUCCCGCAAGACGAAAGAGCAUAUGUUUCGAUGGAAGCAAGUAGCUUGCCAUAUUUACGAAAUAUUAGCAGUGAUUUAGAUGAUGGAGCAGCAUUUAAACGACUUUUGGUCACGGAGAAGGCGUUGUUUCAAAACAACUAUCCCCAAGUUGUGUUGGCCCAUGCUGGCAGUAGCAUGGCGUGUAAUUAUGAUCUUAUAUUAAAAAAAUUUGAUGGAUGUGCCAUUCCAGUGCUCAUGGGACCAUCAGUAUCGGGAAAGACUACCGCCUUGAAAGCUGUAAUGAGUAUAUUUGGCAUACGAAAAUUUACGUGUGAAUCCAGCAGCAGAUAUAUAGAAAAUCGACAAAGCAACACAACUAUUCCAUUUGGUUGGGAUGAUGCGUCCGAUAUGAAGGUCCUAAAAAAUGUUUCAGUCAAUUCUUUUAAUGGCUGUGGAAGUUCCACAAUGAAGAACACCUUGCAGCCGCAUACUGUUCCCGUGGUCUCCACGAACCUUGACACAUCGGAAAAAAAGAUUAAUUCUCGGUGGUUGCGAAUUGAAUUUAAAGCACUUUCGCCAAGGCUAACUGGAAAGGAUAAAGUCUUAGCUGAGAUGAAUGUUAAAGCAGCUAUGAAUGAAGCGCACAAAAGCAUUUGCGUUGUCACUACCUGUAUGCAUAACAAUCUCGAAGAAUGCACAGAAAACGACACUUACUUCACUAUUUUGGAAGAGCUAGAGGAAGAAAUAGAAAAAAAGGGCAUGCAAAUUGAUGAUAGAGUCAAACUUAUGAUGGGACUUCUGCUUUUCUCUGCCAAAAAGAUUUUGGAAAAAGUUGAUCUAGCUGACGAUUAUGUCUUGGUAUGGGAGACAAUGAAAGAAGUUAUUUUGCCAGGCUACACAUUAAGAGAAUCAGAACAGCAGCCCACAUCGAAUGAGAAGUGUCAGAAUAAUGCAAAUGUAAUUCAUAAACUUCUACAUGAUCACUUGCUCCCUUUAGCGGCCAAAGAGGAUCCAAAUUACGUGAUGCGUUUUAUUGAUAAUGACCAUAAUCCUUCAAAAUGCACAUGCGGAAAGUCGGUGGUGUUCCACGUUAAAGAUGUGGUGGAGUUCCUGAGAAAAAAAGCGUCAGUAACUGGCGAUCAGUUAUUGUCAUCAGUAACUGAAAAUUCAGUUCGUCGUUUCAUAAAAUCGAGAGAUAUUGGUUGCGUUGGGGUGCAAGUACGAUUCCGACGGAGGCCCAAGCAAUGUAACGCGGCACAUAUACAGAGGAUCUGGUUUGAUCCAAAUGACCUCUCUGUUUUGGAUGAAAAACUUGGGAAGAGGAAUGAUAAAAGUGGGACAAAAGUGCAAACCAUUCUUGACAACGACAGUGUUUUGACAAAUGUAGAAACCAUUCUUGACAACGACAGUGUCUUGCCAAAUACACAAACCAUUCUUGACAACGACAGUGUCUUGACAAAUGUAGAAACCAUUCUUGACAACGACAGUGUCUUGCCAAAUGCACAAACCAUUCUUGACAACGACAGUGUUUUGACAAAUGUAGAAACUAUUCUUGACAACGACAGUGUUUUGACAAAUACACAAACCAUUCUUGACAACGACAGUGUCUUGACAAAUGUAGAAACUAUUCUUGACAACGACAGUGUUUUGACAAAUACACAAACCAUUCUUGACAACGACAGUGUCUUGACAAAUGUAGAAACUAUUUUUGACAACGACAGUGUUUUGACAAAUGCAGAAACUAUUCUUGACAACGACAGUGUCUUGCCAAAUACACAAACCAUUCUUGACAACGACAGUGUUUUGACAAAUGUAGAAACCAUUCUUGACAACGACAGUGUCUUGACAAAUGUAGAAACCAUUCUUGACAACGACAGUGUUUUGACAAAUACACAAACCAUUCUUGACAACGACAGUGUCUUGACAAAUGUACAAACCAUCUUUGACAAGGGUGCCUUGGCAAAUACACAAAAAACAGUUGAAAAUGACGUUCAAAACCUUAAAAGCAAAGACAGCAAAGGUGGUAAAAGAAAACGGAGAAUGGCAGAUGGUUUGUUCGAUAAAUUGCACAGUGGACUCAAAGAUAAACGUACACGAAAUGGUAAAUAAGGUUAAUUACAUCGAUGGAGCCGGAGUGUUAACUGCAUGGUGUUGCUGUAGUACUUGUGGACUACGUGAUCUGGCAAAGUUGUUAAACAUUAUUUAAUAUGUUUUUGUGUUGAAAUUUGGUUGGCAUAUAUGGGCGAACAUAAUUAGAGUGUUAAAUGCUGAACGCAAAUAGCGACGAGAUAUUACAUACUUCAUUAUAAGUUGCUUCAUGCAAUCUUAACAAUAUGUCAAUGUUAGCAUAUGUCUUGAUAUAAAAAACAAUAAUCAAUAAAGUACUUGAGUUUUAACAUCAACAU